UUUCAAGGGAGAACGCCUUUGCCUGGUCCAGAGCCACAAUGUUUUGCUUUUGAUCAGCUGUGAGAUUCCACAACAUAAUUUAACUUGAAAUCAUCGCUUUGAGGACAUUGUGCACGGGGACAAGCAGCCUGUUCAGAGGAGAGAAAUAGCAGGCACAUCCAUGGGUAAAAACGUACUGAUUGUUUUUGCUCACCAGUCACACAGCUCAUUCAAUGCGGCUCUAAAGGAAGCUGCCAUGGAGGCAUUUAAAAAGCAGGGGUGCAAGGUAAUGGUUUCUGAUCUGUACGAACUGAAAUUUAACCCGACUGCUACAAAAAAUGAUAUAAAAGGUGAAGUGAAGAAUCCAGAUAAUUUCAGUUACGGAGAGGAGAGUGGUUUGGCAUGGAAAGAAGGAAAACUCAGCAAUGACAUAACGGAAGAGCAGAAAAAAAUUAAAGCUGCUGACCUAAUUGUAUUCCAGUUUCCUCUUUACUGGUACAGUGUGCCUGCUAUUCUGAAAGGCUGGUUUGACCGUGUUCUCACACAAGGAUUUGCUUAUACAUUUGAAAUGCUCCAUGACAAUGGACCUUUUAAGAAUAAAAAAGCAAUGUUGUCAUUUACCACUGGUGGCCUGAAGUCUGCGUACACUCCUAAAGGAUUAAAUGGUGAUAUUAAUAUCAUUCUGUGGCCAAUUCAGUAUGGUGUGCUGCACUUCUGUGGAUUUCAAGUACUGCCUCCUCAAAUAUCCUGGACUCCAAAAUUAAGUUCACCCGAAGCCCGGUCCGCCAUGCUGAACUCCUGGCAUAAACGUCUCGAUGGCAUCUGGAAUGAAAAGCCACUAAGUUUUGUACCCAUAAACUCAUUUGAUCUCACCUUGCAGGGUGGUUUUAUGUUGAAAGAAGAAGUUGUGAAGAGCCAGGAAGGCAACAGUGAUGGUCUCACAGUGGGCCAACACAUGGGAAAAUGCAUUCCUCCAAAUAACCAGACGGGGCAAAGUCAGUGAAGGGAAAACAUGGUGGUGCCCGAGUGCUCCUGAGGUGUCAUGAAUCUUGGCUCUUUGGUUUUUGCAUUUGAUUUGUUUAUUGAUAUUAAGGACGAUAAUUACUUGAUAACAAAUGCCUUAUUAAAGAUUAUGAGUAAUCGUACUAAUAAAAUAUUGAGACUUGAUUCAUUUUAA